UCCUGUCACAAAAAGACCAAAAGCAAAAAAAAAAAAAAACAGUGGCACUGCUUAGGGAGACCUCCAGUUUCAUCCAGACUUAAUGACAAGAAGCCAUUCCAGAGGGCUUGACAGAAACAGACCGAAGGGACUAUAGACCGCUUCAAGGGAGCCAGUCUCUUCCUGGACUCAGACAUGCUGUGGGAAGAGGCCAGAGAGUUUGGAAGUCCAGGCAGGCGGGAGGGGGAGGGACCAGCCCUGGGUGCCGCAGUGGGAGUGGCUCCAGUCUCACUUCAGAGCCACGGGGAGCCUGGGCCCUGGUGGGCCACCCCAACCCAGGCACCCUAUACUGUUCUGCUGCCACUGAGGACGAGCCACCAAGACCCAGGGGCCCAGAGCUUCUUUCUUUGGCUGCAGAGGAUACAGGCUCUGGAGAGGUAACAGGAUGCCCUGUGGCAGGGGCUGGAGCUGCUGGAGCAUGGCUGGGCCUGGUUUGCAGAUCGUCUGAGGGAAGCACAGCAACAACAGUUGCAUCUGGGGGCCCUUGGUGAGAAUUUUCUAAUAGAUUUACAGUCAGAGGCUGACGCCCCUCAGUUACCCCAGAUUCAAAAGGUGAAUGCCUGUUUGCAAAAUCUGAUUCAGAAGGAACUGUCAAAGCAGUGGAAAGGUAGCCAUCAGCCCGAGGAGGAGGGGGCUCAGCCAGGCUGCCCCCAUGGGCAGAGGGGCCCUACGCUGGUGUAGACAGCUGUGGUGGACUUAGA